CAUGAUGCUGAUGAUUCAGAGCGAGAAGGAAAGAAUCAUGUACCCAUUCGCAGGAAUUCUUUGUUUUACCGAUCUAUGAGGAGGAAACGACAUUCCAAGGGUCUGUCUGAACCAGCACCAAGACAAACAGACAGUGGCUACAAGACCAUGAAAAAUGAUGGUCUGCAGGAAAGACCAAAUGAUCUAGGAUGUGCUCCUAAACCUUCCAAUUCAUUACCUUGCUGGAAAAUUCCCACUAUCACCCCACAGCACAUGCAGAGAUCUCCACUGUUCAGCAACAAUCUUAGGUCAUCGGUACCAAAGAACCUUGGACCUAAGCAUUGGAGUGGUGUUGUUGCAACAAUGCUGCCCAUUCAUCAUGGAUCUUUACCAGUUUUGGAACUGCAUGAGGUGCAAAAAGAAAAUCAUAUACAAAGACCUUAUGACAACCAAAGUUCUCAAUCAGCAUCAAAUCCAGAAAAUCUUCUAAAGAAAGCAGCCAGUUUCAUUCCAACUCAGGGUAAAGUUACUGGUGCAGAGACUCUAGCCAAUGAAUUUGGAUCCUGUACUCUUAAAGAAGCUCAGCCCCUUGAAAACACAGGUUUAAAGGUAAUUUCAUUAGUGGAUGCUCCAGAGAAGGACAGCUUCAACAGAUUUCUUCUAGCAAGCUCACAGCAAAAUGGAAAUUCUCCAGCAAACGCUUCCUUAACCAGAUUUAAGAACGUGUGGCAUUUCAUUGAAAACAUAGAACUUUUGUACCAGGAAUAUCGGGAAAACAGCACUUUUCAAGAAAUUGAGACAAGACGGUUGCAGGAUUGCACUGAAAAGGACCCGGCUGAGUUCACAAAUGAAGCCAAGCCUCAGGAAGCAAAGACUGACUCCAGUGCGCCUGCUCAAAUGAUAUCACAGCCAGUCAAUCUCAGUCAGAGAACAAAUAACCUGGGUAUGAAAUUAUGGCAGAACUUAGAAAAAGUGAGAAACAGCACAGUGUUGAGUACUCUCAGUCGCAAGGAAAUUAAACUCCAGGAGGCAAUGUUUGAACUUGUCACCUCUGAAGCUUCUUACUACAAGAGUCUGGAGAUCCUAGUUUUCCACUUCAUGAAAUCUGAACAACUUAGUGAAGCACUCAGUCCCAUUGAGAAACAUCAUAUUUUCUCGAACAUCCUUGACAUCAAAGCAGUCAGUGAAAGAUUCUUUCGGGACCUGGAGCACCGUAUAGAAGAAGACAUUGUCAUCUCAGAUGUCUGUGAUAUUGUGUAUGAACAUACUGUCAAUCACUUCAAUGUCUACAUCCCCUAUGUUACAAACCAGAGCUACCAGGAGGCUGCCUAUCGACGAGCAAUGGAAAGUAACCUCCAGUUCCGUAAUGUGAUGGCUGAGCUCGAAAAAGAUCCCAAAUGUAGAGGACUACCCUUCCCAUCAUUUCUUAUCCUGCCUUUUCAAAGGAUAACACGAUUAAAACUGCUGGUACAGAAUAUCUUGAAAACAGCAGAAGAAGAGUCAAAGAGGGAAAGCACAGCUGUGAACGCACAUAAAGAACUUGAAAAGGUUAUCAAAGAGUGUAGUGAACGUGUGAAAAAAAUGGGUAGAACUGAGCAGCUGAUCAACUUUGAGAAGAAACUGGAGUUUAAAGUCAAGGCUGUGCCAAUCAUCUCCCAAUCUCGGUGGCUGCUGAAAGAAGGUGAACUGGAACAAAUGUCAGGACAGAAAGCAACACGAACCUUUAGGAAGAAGAAACUGUUCAAGCCAGUGUACCUGAUUCUGUUCAAUGAUCUUUUCCUAAUAACCAAGAAACAUUCCUAUGGUGACAGGUAUGAAGUGUUUGACUAUGCACUUCGAGGCCUCCUUCGGGUACAAGAGCUAGAGGACCAGGGUCAGGCACUUGCAAAUAUAUUCCUGCUAAGACUCUUGGAGAACAACAAUGACCGAGAGGUGCAAUAUAUGCUGAAAGCAAAGUCACUGAGUGAUAAGAAACGGUGGGUCCAUGCACUUGCUCCAAACCGUAGAACAAAGUAUGUUUCUCCCAGCUCACUGCAUUGGGAUUGUCCCCAGGUACAGUGUGUCCAGAGGUACACUGCACAAGAACCUGAUGAGCUGUCUUUGGAAGCUGCUGACAUCCUCAAUGUUGUGGAAUGGACAAUAGAUGGCUGGAUAUUAGGAGAUCGUUUGCACGAUGGGGAGAAAGGUUGGUUUCCCUGUCUAAUGGUUGAAGAAAUCAAAAACCCACAACUCCGAGCUCAGAACAGAAAAGAAUGUUACCGAAUCUAUAAGGCCGAGGAAUGCCAUGGAAGUAAGAAUAAGGAAGGAAGAAAAUUUACCAACAGAAAUGUGAUCCAUCAGCGGUGAUAGAAUCUUAUUAUUUUGUCCUGCUUGCACUUUUGACAGAUUGCGAAACUUUCAUCAUU